UUUUUCUUAUGAUAUCUUAGUGUCAUAUAUGGAAUUGAAGGUCAGUUUUCUGUUGACCGGUAUGGUGUAAUAAAGAUUACUAUGCAUGGAGCUGCCGUGAUAAGUUUUGACAGCACAUUGCAAAGGUUCUGCGGAGCUGACGAAGUAGGAGUUGGAACCUUGAGUUUCGUGUUGUUGCUAAAUUACUUACAAUGAAUUCCGAAGUCACAGAAAUUAAAAUCCCUAUGCCCUGGGGGUAUGUAAGUGGAAAAUGGUGGGGUCCAAGGGAGAAGCAACCUAUACUUGCAUUGCAUGGGUGGCAGGACAAUGCUGGUACCUUUGACAAGCUAAUUCCUCUGUUCCCUGCUGACGUUGCUGUUCUGUGUAUUGACCUCCCUGGUCAUGGCUUGUCAUCUCAUUAUCCUAAAGGUCAACAAUAUUACAUUUUCUGGGAUGGUCUUGUCAUUGUGCGGCGUGUGGUGAAGCAUUUUAAAUGGGAACAUAUUUCCAUCAUUGGACAUUCUCUGGGUGGUGCUAUAGGUUUUCUGUAUGCUUCAGUAUUCCCAGAUGACAUAAAAAAACUUGUCUCGAUAGACAUUGUGAGUCCAGCUGUGAGAGAGCCGUCCAGAAUAGUGCACGAACUGGGGCAAGGAAUUGACAGAUUCCUUAAGUAUGAAACCCUGACGCCAGAGGAUGCACCUUGUUAUACAUAUGAUGAAAUGAUUGAUAUAGUGCAGAGUGCUUAUAAAGACUCACUGACACGAGAGUCUUGUGAAGUGCUAAUGAAAAGAGGUAUGAAUCCUGUGACAAAAUCAAAUUGUGAAUCAACCAAAGAAGGGUACCUCUUUAGCAGAGAUGUCCGACUGAAAGUUGCUGGUUUGGGUCUCAUAUCAGCAGACUUAGUUUUUGAGUUAGCAGAAAGGAUAAAAUGUGAGUACUUAAAUAUAAGAGCAAAACCCGGCCUUAAGUUUGAUAAACCUGAACAUUAUCAUGAUGUCCUUGAGAAAAUUAAAAAGACUGCAAAAAGAUUUGAAUUUUACGAGAUUGAAGGAACCCAUCAUUUGCACUUAAAUGCACCUGAAAGUGUCAGUACACAUAUUGUUAACUUUUUAACAUCAUAACUAGAAUAUUGUUCUAGGUAAUAGUUAAAUGAAGAAUUUACAAAAUGCAUCUUGACUGUUGAAGUGCUGAUAAAGGAGUAGUGAGAUUAAUUUGUUCCACAUUUGUUUAUAAAUCUACAUGUGUGUUUACAUAACAUUUUUCAUAGUAGUAACUCUCUGCUUGUGUGCACAAUACAGCAUUUCUAUAAUUCCUCAAACUCCAGAUACAAGUAAUUGUAUGUUGAAUAAUUUUGAACCACAUAACUGCACUGCUUCUUAACCCUGGAACGAAUGUCCUGGAGCCGUACCAGUGACAAGUGAGAUCAAGGAUAAAGAUGGAUAUGACACACACAUUAUUUUGAAUUUUGCAAAACAUUCCACAACUGAAGAUUAUGUGCCCAUUUCUUUGGAGUAUUCUUUCUUGUUGUCAGCAACACACGUGAAAUACUCUUGUAAGGAUAAUGCGAGGGAGAGGGGGAAGGGAGGUGGGUGCUGCAUACUGGUAAAUCAUUCCCUUACAGGCAAAAACUUAUAUCCUUAUCACCUUCUCCCCAAGCAGAAUAAUUUUCUUUUCUAAAGGUUGCAAAAUUUGUUAAUUUUGUGGCAAGUUCUUUUGAACAUAAUUUAGAAUCAUUUCUCCAAUUGUAGAGAGGUGGAGAAACUCUUGGCUUAUCUCUGUGUGCACAAUCUUUUUUUUUACAGUCAGUAGGCACUCCAUUGAAUUGGUAUAUACAUACAUUCACACAUAGAUAAUCUAAGGGCUAAGGCCUUGUCAGUGCAACCACUCAUUUCUAUCAUUGGCUGUUUGUUUCAGUUCCAUUUCAUUGUGACAGCCUAUCCUUAUCUCAGUGUCUUCCAAGUACUUUUUCCUAGGCAUCGUCUUCCUUUCUUUUCCAGUAAUUCCCCUUCAAGAAUGUUAAUGACAAAAGUGUUGUGUGAUCACGUGUCCAGUAAGUGUUCUUCUCUUUUCCAUUUCCUUUAAUAAUUUUCUGUCUCCGUUGAUUUUCCUUAAGGCUUCCAGGUUGUUUUCCUUUCCAUCCAGCUCAUUUUUGUCAUUUUCUGCUAUAACUACACUCCAAUAGCUUGCAAUUCAUCCCCUUUCCACCCAACCCAAGGUCUACCCUUCUGAAUACUUAAAUAAUUUUGCAAAGGAUUUUCUGACAUCUUUACUCAUAUGUUUGCUAGUGAAAAUGUUUUUCUUUGUCAUAAAUUUCUGUUUUACCACUGCAAUCUUUCACUUCCAUUAAGCCUCUAUCGUCCUUGUGAUUAUACUACAGAGAUAACAAAAUUAUUUCACCUGAUCAAUUUAGACAUAACCAGUUUUUUAUAUUUGUUUUAAUUUACUCCAUAUUUUUCUGUACUACUAUUACUUUACUUUUGUAAAGACACUAUCCUAUGAACUUCACAUUUGAUUUUACGUAAUGUUACUCAUUAUCAUCUCAGAGUGCCGCAGCAAGCCUACUGAUACUAGUUUCUCUGCUAAUAGAUAUUCAAAUACAAUCUCCCAACAUAUUUAGUAAAUGAAAACUCUUCUGGAAAGCUCUUGAACCACUGAAACAUUACACCACUAGAUACACACUUGCAUUGUCGGUUUGUGGAGAAGUGGUACAAUCUAUUUUAAUUUGUUGCAAUGGGAAAGAUAAGCAUCACCUAUGCUGGUUUGAGAUCUGUGGAUCUUACAUAUAUUCGGAAAAAACUUUGCUUUUCUCAAAUCUGUUAACAUCAAGUAAUCUGUGGAGGAAAAGUUAAUCUUAGUCCAUCCUUAUCAGCCUUAUCCGUUACUACUUAAUCUAGAAAUAAAGGUUAGUGUAUGUUCCUGACUGAGAGUUUACGAUGUUAACUCCAACAACACAGUGGAAUUUUUUGUUCUGUUAUUUAGGGUAUUUUUGCUAGUAUUCAGAGUAUGCAUUGAAUAUGCAGCACUUUAAUAAGGUAGAGAUUCUGCUGGCAGGAUCCUCUUCUGUGUUUUGCAUUAUAUUUGUGCAGUGAGAUUGAUUCUGAGUAUUUGAAAUGUAAUGAAUACUUCAAUAAUUCCAUCUAGUCACUGUUAGCAUUCCUCAGGUUUUUGCACAAAAGAGAGAAGCAACUGAGCUGUAGCCACAAAUAUAUUUACAGUUGUAAUUGAUGUGCACUACAUUGCUUGAAUUUUAUUAUGUGUCUGGUAAUUUUUUAUCUCUAUGAUGAACUGACAGAUAUCUGCUGUUACUGAAUUUUUACUUGAUGUGAUUUUAAUAUUUCCUAUUUUUUAUGGGUGUUUCAGAGAGACAGUCACAAUGCCUCUCUCUGUUUUUUCAGUAUAAUAUUUCAGAUAGGAAACUGUUCUGAGAAGGGAGUUUCUGGAAGAAUAUUGAAAUGGAAAUGUAACUAAAUAAUAUUUACAUCACAGCACGAGUUGUUUAAUUCAUAGUUUCAGUUUUUAUCUGUAGUGGGGGUAUGGGAGGAAAUGUAAAUGACACACAAUCAUUUUUUUUACUUGUAUACACAGAUGAAUGUUUUGUAGGACAUAUUUUAUAACAAAUGAACUGUCUUUGUUUUGUAAUAAAUGGUUUAUUGACAGUGGCA